UUUUGUAGCUGUGCAUGCUCCUGUAUUUGCUGUGGGCUAGACUUUUAUUGGCAAAAAUGUCAAAUUAGUAUCACUGGCCAUGACGAGGUGGAUUUUUUACUUAGCUGAAGACUGGAACGUAAUAAAAUUUGAAUGUUAGUCUACCUACUGUUGAUUUCCUGAGUGACACUGGAUACCAUUGUGUAGUUUGAAUCAGGAAUGAAAUAUUCUGAAAGCUGAGAGCAGAAACCUUCUUGAUCAAUAUGGAGGACAAAAGACGGCGAGCCCGAGUGCAGGGAGCCUGGGCUGGCCCUGCUAAGAGCCAGGCCAUUGUUCAGCCAGCUCCCACUGCUGAGAACCAUCUCCAACAGAGACCUGGCCAAACCUGGAUGAACAAGGAGCAUCGUCUGUCUGACAGACAGUUUGUGUUCAAAGAACCCCAGGAGGUGGUACGCAGAGCCCCAGAGCCACAAGUGAUCGAUAAAGAGGGUGUGUAUGAAAUCAGCCUGUCACCCACAGGCGUAUCUAGGGUGUGUUUGUAUCCUGGCUUUGUUGACUUAAAAGAAGCCGACUCAGUAUUUGAACAGCUUUGUCAGGAUGUUCCCUGGAAACAGAGGACUGCCAUCAGAGAGGAUGUAACUUACCAGCAACCAAGACUUACAGCAUGGUAUGGAGAACUUCCUUACACUUAUUCAAGAAUCACUUUGGAACCAAAUCCUCACUGGCAUCCUGUGCUGCUCAUGCUGAAGAAGCAAAUUGAAGAGAACACCGGCCACGCCUUCAACUCCUUGCUUUGCAAUCUUUACCGAAAUGAGAAGGACAGCGUGGACUGGCAUAGUGAUGACGAACCUUCGUUGGGGAGGUGCCCCAUCAUUGCUUCACUCAGUUUUGGUGCCACACGCAUGUUUGAGAUGAGGAAGAAGCCCCCACCAGAAGAGAAUGGGGACUACACAUAUGUGGACAGAGUGAAGUUACCCUUGGCUCACGGGACCUUGUUACUCAUGGAAGGAGCCACCCAAGCAGACUGGCAGCAUCGAGUGCCCAAGGAGUACCAUUCUAGAGAACCAAGAAUAAACUUGACCUUUCGGACAGUUUAUCCUGACCCUUGAGGGGCGCACUGGUGAUGUGAGGUCUUGGAGAGGGAAGCUGUGCUGAGACCGAGCAAACCAUCCACCAUGAAGAAACUUCCGGAGACUGGUCCAGCUGCUCUCAUGGUGUGGCUGUUUGGAAGAUGUGGAUGGGAUUUGCUUCCCAGCUUGGAGUCCUAUUAAACGACAGCCUACAGUUCAUGUUUGUAAUAUGUUUACUGUGGGAACAGUAAUCCCUAAUCAUGUUUUGAAAUCACAUAUUUUCUUUAGGCAAGUUAAAAACUGCUGUGGCUGUGUUCACAGAUGAUUUUGUCCAUAAGCAGUUUUUUUUCUGCCCUCUCCUGCUUCAUUUGAAGAAAUAUGAAUGGACUUUGCCUCCGGGGUAAAUCCACACAUGUUUGUUCCUUGUGCCUUUAGCAAAGUGGAGAUAUAAAUAUGAGUCAGUGACUCUGGAGCCUUGCGUAGGCAGACAGCUGCUAAAACCCAAACAGAGCUUUGUUGAAGUCUGCCUUGACUCCUGAACAUCUUGGCUUGUGUGCUAUUGUAAUGCAAAGCUGCAUAUUCUGGGAGCACUUUAUUUAACUGAGCCUCCUUGCCUGUCCAUCUUCCCAGGAUAUGCUCAGACAGGUUACAGGCCUCUGAAUAAAGAGCAGAGGUGGUAUUCUCCAGUGCAUCUCCAAGCAGCCACCUGGACUACUUGAAAUACAAGAGAAAACUGUCCCCUCAAAGGGAGGAAGAAUUGAGUGAUGUCAUGAGAAAUUUCGGCUGAAGAGCAGCAAAUGCCCUGCUAGUGGCAGCUGUUCUACAUAGAUGAGUUCCCCCUGGAGAAUGACUUGAGUCAUUUAAACCCUAGCCAGAUAGGAGCGGGAGCAGUCCUACAGGAACAGACUCAGUUACCUAAGAGUCCUGUUCACUUUAGAUUUCAGUAGCCCUAUGACUAAGGCUUUCGUCUGACUCAGUGUUUUCUUCUACACAUGUUCCCGAGAUGAAAGCGUUAGUCUCUGAUGUCACCAGGGUUCCCAAAGCAGACAAAGCGACUGCCCCUUGUUGCAUCAUAAAAGCACGUGUCUUCCUGACCCCUUGACUUAGGAGCAGCAUGCCAAUUCCAAACCAAGACAGGAAAAACUGGAGAGAAAGAGAAUGGAUUUAAAUGGAUGAAAGUAGGGCGAGAGAGUUAGAGUUUCCCUUAGCUCCCUGUGGGGAAAAUUUACCGAGCCUUCUUGCUUUUGAUCUUGUUUCCAUUCCGUGCUGUAAGAUUGAUGAUCUCCAUGAUCACAAUAAAAUGCCAAAGGCUGGGCAGGCUCUUCCCCAGAAGGCAAAUGAAUGCCAUGCCUGGCCAGGCGCUGUUCUCUGACAAGCUCUGUAGCUUCUUGAACCAGAGUCUCUUAAAUGUUGUUGCCUGUGUGUUGCUCCUUUCUCUAAGAAAUGCUAAAUGCUUUAUGAAAUCUGAACAUCAUACUGACUGAGCCUUCCCGUGAGGGAGGUACAAAUCACCAUAACUAUAAAACGAAACCUACUCAAUCCCUAGCUUUCCUCCAAUUCAAACAAACACAACCUGGCCAGGGUGGUGCAGCCAGCUUUGGCUAUGAGUUGGCUGCAUGACCUGGGGAAAUUCCUCUUCUGUUCCCACAAGUGACGGGGCUGGCAGAUGACUCCAGGUCUUAACCACAUCCCUCCUGACCCGGGGUCAUGCUCUCCCCUCGCAUCAGCUCUGAUUUCACCUCUUCCCUCAUCACUGCCAUGUCUGUCAGGGAAACUAACUCCUACUCUUGAGCAGACAGCCUGGACCACCACCUGGGUUUCUUCACCUGAGAGCAGCAGUCUUAGGUUUUGUUUCUUGCUGUCAAAUGCCGGAACUGCUAUUCUUUCUACCACUAAGAUAAUGUCCCUUCUGAAAUGUCAAGUAGGUACUUGCCAUAGAAUAAAAGUACAGGGUUAGGACCGGACAGGAAUUCCAGACCCCAGCAAAGGAGGCCCGUGCUCAGUGACUGCACCAACCUGUUGCUGUGUUUUACUGGUGGUAGAUCUUAACUAGGAAUUAAGGGCGAAGCUAUUUUUGCCAACAUUACUUGUAAAGCAGAGGGAGCAAAUAUAACGGCUGUCACAUGAAGAAAAACAGGUCUAGUUUUUUAGUUGCCCGUUUUUUGAGCUUUAAUAACCUGCCAGAACAAUUUAAUAACCGUCCUAGGAGCUUUUCAUACAUAAUUCCUAAUCCUCCCUGAAGCCCUGCCUAAACAAGAUGCUAUUCCCAUUGUAGAGACUAGGCAACUGAGCCUCCAAGAGGUGAAGUCAUUUCCUAGGACUUAUGAACGGCAGAACCAGCACAUACAGCACAGGCUAAUGCCUAGACUGUGCUUUUCCCUCUGCCAUGCAGGAUUUAGGCAGAAUAGUGGGCACCCCCAGGCCCAUGAGCCUCAGGGCUUGCUCAUGCAGAACGGGCAACCCAAGCUCACCCUAGUGCCCUGCUGGCCAGGAUGACUGCCAGGCCACUCUGUUUGUCCCCUGGCUUUCCUGUGAACCAGUGCAGGUAUCUGCACCUCAUCUCUCCUUAAUCAACAUGAGCAUCUCCUAGUCAGAAACUCUGCUGCCAACUGGACUAGAACUGUCCAGUUUACUGGGGGAAGCUCAUUUUGGGGAGACACAGUCCAAAUUAUGACAAAUUAGACAAAUUCUCCUCUAACCUUCCUGGCAAGUGACUGAGAGCAUGUUUCCUGACCAUAUCAAAGCCAACUUUCAGAGGUAGACAGGUGGUCCCUUCCUCCCUUCACUCUUGUCUGUGAGUACAUUUGGGGACCCAGAUGCCCAGACUCAGCGUCAGGCUUGCUCACGAUGCUUACCAACACCACGACUCCGACCAGCAGACAGCCCGAGAAACAGGGUAAGCUCUGCACACUGACAACAUGUUGACAGCAGGCACCUUGCCUCGAAGCAUGGGUCGGAGCAGUCUGACACAACAUCAGCUUGUAUCCUCAGUCUACAGCUAACCACUAACUCACGUGGCAUCGAUGAUUCCUAAUAAAUGGGUCACAGCUCAUAAACCUGCCAUUUUGCUGUGACACUCCCUCCCUGCUGCCUCCAUGGCUGGUAUGACCUGCCCUCGCGAGUGGCAGGUCUGUCGGGACCUGGUCAGUAAGUGGCACCGUCUCCUGAAUUGUGUCAUGGCAACCCCAGAAGAGCUCAGUGGGCACUGCAGUGAGCAGAGCGCUCCAGCUGGGCGGCUUCAGAGGAAGCCCUGACACGUGGGUCCCUGCCCUGCUGGGAAUAGUUCUUCCUUGAGUUCUGGCAGCUUUCACUUGGCUGCAGAAUAUCUAAGACCCACUUUGCCUUUUCUGGUCAUAAACACUUGUAGUGUUGAAUCUGAAGUCUUGAUUGCUUUAUGUUCUUAACCAUGCCUUUGAAAAAGCCGAAUGUUUCCAUAGUGAUGCAUUCUGUUUGUUUAAAUCUUUACAUAUAUGUGGUUCCACCCACACGCUCUCCUCAGAGGGAUUUAGUUUACAACUGUCUCUUUACCCCCUCCCAGCUUCCCUUUGCAAGGAACCCCAGUAUGAGACCCCUGUCAGUUUUGUGCUGCUGGAAUCCAUUCUUAGAUAUGAUGACUCCUGUGUCUCGGGGUCAGCAGGGAAAUUAUUUUGAUGUUUACUAAUGAGGGUGGAACACAGGCUAAUGGUGCCUUUUCUAGCUGGCUUAGUACUGCUGUGAUAAAUCAGAAAAGCCUUCCCCAGCCUGUGACCAGAGCCCCAUGCUGGGCUGGGCUUUCAGCUGGGCGCGUAGGAAAACAGGAUAAAUUAGGUAGUAUUUUUGUAGCUAACGUUACCCAAAAGAUCGUUUUCUCAGAUGAGCCAACUUGGAGAUGACCAAGGCAUGUGUGACACUGUUAUCAUUACAGUUAUUUGAAUGCUAUCACUUCCCCUCCAUGUAAUGGUGAUGUCACGCUCCCUGGACACCAGGGACAGUCCCUAUUCUCAUGUGGCCUCCACGAGUGUGGACAUGCUCAGGCAGGAUCCUGGCCUCUGACCCCACUAGCUUUUAACUCUGGACACAAAGUCUAGGUUUCUAAAAGGGAAGGAAAGGUGAAAGCCAGGAGGAAGUGUAGAGUAUUUACUGGACCUGUUACGUACAUAAUCUGACUUAUUCUUAAAAGCAACCCUAUGAGGCGGUUGGUUGGUUUUUUAAACAGCUGAGGAAACUGAGGUACCUAGAGGAUAGAUUAGAUCCUGAGACUGGGUGUCCCUGGUGGGCAGGCUCCUGCGUGGUUACUUGUCUGCAGGCAUUUAGUGCGAUCUCUGGGCCUCCCCAGGCCCUGGCGUAGGGGGGAUGGGGGAAGCGGCAGCCUGAGUCUCCUGGGGCUGGAGGGGCUGUGCUUUUCUCAUCCCCUUUAGCAGCCAGCAAAACCUCGGGUCCUUGCCUGGGAGCCUGGAAGCUUCUCCCCAGGGGGCGGGAAGCAGGAGGAAGUGGUGGGCCAGGCGUGGGGCUCUCGAGGGCUGCGUGAUCAUGUUGCAGUUAGCCGCCCACUGCAGGAAGGGUGUGGGCGAGCGCUGUGGCCAGCGCCUGCCGCGCAGCGCCUGUGAUGCUCCAGACGCCCCCGAGAAGGCGAGCGCGAGCCUGCAGGGCAGCAUUAGCCGCGGAGACAGGACGGCAGCCUCGCCUUCCCAGGAGGCUGCAGCGGGGAGGCCCUCCCCCGGGCCGCUCUGUCGCUCUGAGGACUGAGUCGGAGCCUCUGCCACCAGGUCCCUCCCUGCCCCCACCCUUGUCUGCAUGAGGAUGGGACCAUCUAGGAAGGGAAUCCAUACCCUCCAAAAAGUGAUUCUGGGUUGCGGGCUGUGUCCUCCCUGCCUAAAGAAAGUUUGUGGGAUGGGUGGAUGAAGGAUGCCGUGAGGGCCUCCCAGACUUGGGCCUGGGGUAUUCAGGCUGCUGCCCACCCGGCCGGGACUCAGGAGAGUCCAGGAGAGGAGGGCCCCGCAGAAGUGUCUCCCCCAUGCCCCUGUUGGUUAGAGAAAACUUUUCUGGAAUGUUUUCUCUGAAAAAUAUAUCAAGGGAUUAGCCACUAAUUUCUUCCCUGAACCCUGUCUCUGAUGUUAGCUGUGAGCCUCUAUUCACCCCGUGUGAAGGGGAAAGGAGGACAGUUAGCCUAGAGGCAAAAAUCUGGGGAGGACGUCUGAGUGUGUGGCUUCCCGCUCACCCCCCAGUCGGCCCCCUGGAGGGCCUCCCGCCCUGGGCUCGGAGAGGGGAGCCAGAGAGGAGAGCUGGCGGACUCUCCCCCUGCCUUGCUCUUUGUCUCCACAAGUCCUGUGAGAGUGUAGGCUAGGAGCUACUCUCCCCGUUGGACAGAUGCUCUUCUGAGGGCCACCCAGGGCCAUGCCGGCAGAAGCAGCGUGUAGAGCCACAGCAAGUGCCUAGGCCAGUGUUCUUUCCACCGCUCUGAGGUUCCGUGACCUCUUCUGAGAUCCCCAGCUGAAGGCAGACCCUGGUGACAAGAGGGAACAUGGGCACAGACAGCCCCGGAAGGUCGCAGUGCCUGUUGGGGCAGCCCUCCAGGGACUGGUGUUGGCGAUCUCCAUGCCGUCCUGGCCAGGUGGCUCGGCACGUGGCCAGGAUCCCUGGCGCAGCUCGAGGGAGCAUCUUCCUGCCGAACAUAGAGCAGGCCAAGCUCUGCACCAGCUGCUUGGGGGACUUAGCUGGACAACUUCAGGCAAGACUGGUCAGGCCCCCUUUACUGUCACAGUGCUGCCUGCAAGGGUGGACUUAGGAAAGAGCUUUGACACACCCCCUCUGUCCCAGGCUCCACAUCUGGCAGACUUACUGCAGAGCCCCCGUGGGUCUAGCCUCAACCUGAGCCAGGCAGACCUGGCCUUGAGUCCCACUCUGUCCUUCCUAGCUGAGUCACCUUGGACCCGUCUGUCAGCCCCCAAACCUCAGUCUCCUCAGCUGUGAAGUGGACACAGAGGCAGCCACCUCUCUGAGGUCUUGUGAGGGUCGAGCUCAUGAAUGUGACAUGCCUGAUGCUAAUGUGCC